GUAGAGGAUUGGUAAGAAAUUCAAGGCGGUCAAACGGGUCAAUUUCUCACGAUUCUCAGUAAUCUCUCUAGCAAUAGUAUUAUUUCUAUUUAUCCCUGGCAAUCUCUUGCGUUCCAAUUAAAGUAUCUCUCAGCUAAAAUGGCAUCAAUAGUGCGCUCUCUCCUUAAGACCACUAUUCCAUCUGCUCUCCGUCAGAAAUCUCUCUUUCAGCGUCACAUCUCAACGGGACAAUCACUGCUUGCUGCCCAAAUCCAGCAACCGGCUCCAAAUUUCAAGGGCACGGCCGUUAUCAAUGGGGAAUUCAAAGAAAUCUCCCUGAAGGACUUUCAGGGGAAGUAUUUGGUGCUCUUCUUCUAUCCUCUGGACUUUACCUUUGUCUGUCCCACUGAAAUAAUAGCUUUCAGCGACAGAAUCUCAGAGUUCCGGAAGCUCAAUACGGAAGUUGUGGGAGUCUCCGUUGAUUCGCAUUUCAGUCAUCUGGCCUGGACGAAUUUGGACAGGAAGAAUGGAGGAUUGGGUCAGCUACAGUAUCCACUGCUAGCGGAUAUCACGAAAGAAAUCUCCCGGGACUAUGAUGUUCUGCUGGAACAAACAGGAAUCUCUCUCAGAGGCUUAUUUAUUAUCGAUCCAAAUGGCAUUUUGAGGCAAAUCACCGUCAAUGAUCUCCCAGUGGGACGUUCGGUGGAUGAAACAUUGAGGCUCAUCAAGGCAUUCCAAUUUGUGGAGAAACAUGGAGAAGUUUGUCCAGCAAAUUGGAAUCCAGACACAAAUCCUGAUACCAUUAAACCAUCAGUUCAAGCUUCCAAAGAAUAUUUCCAGAAGCAUGGAUAAGCUUAUCUCUUGAUUCAGGUCAAAUAACCAUGAUUUUAUUAUCCGUUCCGGCAAAAUGCUGAAGCAAAUAAUAAAAAAAUAACAGUAGAAAAAAA